UACACCCCCUCCCCGUAGGACUGCGUUAAUGACUGUGUCGCGUGAGUAACCCGGCCCGGUGUGGGGACGACAGGUGGCGAGACGUCACGAGACCUUACCCGCCUCAGACUUCUCACUACUGGGGGACCCUGGUAGCGAACUUACGAUGAAAUUAGCAGACUGCUGGAUAUUGAGUUUGUUGGUAAUCUUGGUUUUACUGUGGAUUUCUGGCACCGACUCCCAUACCUUUACUGAGCGCCAACAUGAAAAUGGCAGACGAAAUGAAGUGAUUAAAGUUCAGAAAAGAGGAUAUUAUUGGUGCUGGAAACAUUGUUCCAGAUUGGCAUAUUGCAUAUAUUCAGCAGGAGGUACCCAUUGCAGAUGUCGUAAGGGAUUUACAGGGAACGGUUAUACAUGUACAGACAAAAAUGAAUGUUUACGUGGAACGCAUACAUGUGGAAGUUCGUCUUACUGCUUUAAUACUAUAGGAUCCUACGAAUGUCGCUGUAGCAAAGGAUUUGAGAUGAAAAACAGAAGAUGCGUUGAUAUAAAUGAAUGUGUGAGAGGGACCCACACGUGUGACAAACGACCAGGUGCUUCAACUUGCACAAACACAAUUGGAUCCUAUACCUGUAAAUGUAACACUGGAUAUGAAGGAAACGGUUACAUCUGCAAAGAUAUCAACGAAUGCGAGAGAGGCACUCAUAUAUGCCAUAGCCAGGCAACGUGUACAAACACCAUUGGCUCCUUUAAAUGCACAUGUAAUGUGGGAUUUGAGGGAAGUGGAGUUGUAUGCAAAGAUAUCGAUGAAUGCACAAGGAGAACUGAUAACUGUCAUAAGGACUACGGGCUCUGCUACAACACAUACGGAAGUUUUAAAUGUUCUUGUAAGAAACCUGGAUUUGAAGGCAAUGGAGUCAUCUGUAAAGACAUAAACGAAUGCGUCCGUAAAAUACACGAUUGUCAUCGCCCCCACGCACAGUGUACUAACACCAUAGGAAGCUUCACGUGUAGCUGCAAGAAAGGCUUUGAGGAGAGAGACAAUGGUCGUGUAUGCAUAGACAUCGACGAAUGUAAGAGAUACACUCACCAUUGUCACCGACCUUAUGCAUUGUGUGACAAUACGAUUGGUUCCUAUAAAUGUAGGUGUAAGGACGGUUACCGAGGAGACGGAUACACAUGUACACAUAUAAAUGAAUGCGUGAGAGGGACCCACACGUGUGACAAACGACCAGGUGCUUCAACUUGCACAAACACAAUUGGAUCCUAUACCUGUAAAUGUAACACUGGAUAUGAAGGAAACGGUUACAUCUGCAAAGAUAUCAACGAAUGCGAGAGAGGCACUCAUAUAUGCCAUAGCCAGGCAACGUGUACAAACACCAUUGGCUCCUUUAAAUGCACAUGUUAUGUGGGAUUUGAGGGAAGUGGAGUUGUAUGCAAAGAUAUCGAUGAAUGCACAAGGAGAACUGAUAACUGUCAUAAGGACUACGGGCUCUGCUACAACACAUACGGAAGUUUUAAAUGUUCUUGUAAGAAACCUGGAUUUGAAGGCAAUGGAGUCAUCUGUAAAGACAUAAACGAAUGCGUCCGUAAAAUACACGAUUGUCAUCGCCCCCACGCACAGUGUACUAACACCAUAGGAAGCUUCACGUGUAGCUGCAAGAAAGGCUUUGAGGAGAGAGACAAUGGUCGUGUAUGCAUAGACAUCGACGAAUGUAAGAGAUACACUCACCAUUGUCACCGACCUUAUGCACUGUGUGACAAUACGAUUGGUUCCUAUAAUUGUAGGUGUAAGGACGGUUACCGAGGAGACGGAUACACAUGUACACCCGUAAGACCAUUCAGUGAAGGUUCGGAUAAAUGCAGCAAGUACUCGACAUGCACUGACCUGACUCCAGGAGGAGACUAUAAAUGUGACUGUUACUUUGGUUUCUUUGGAGAUGGAAAACAAUGCACAGGAAGCAGAGGGAAAAGAUUUCUCGUACUCUUCAUGAAGAAUAUAGAAGAUCCGACAGAAACCAGUCCUCGACCACGCCAUGCUCAAAUAUACAUUGCCUCGCUCAAUAAAACAGACGUGAAAAUCACAACAUCUGACUCGUUAGCAAAGUCAUUGAAGUCCAAAAUAGACCAAACAGUAUCGAUGAACUCAAACUCUGAGAAGAUCGUCAGUAUAUCCCAAAAUGUCCGCGUGAAUGAUGCAGUGGUAGAAAACAAAGCCGUGAUGCUAGAGACGUCAGACGUGACGUCAGUGUUCGCUCUGAACCAUGAUGGCUACACGUCAGACAGCACACUGGUUCUACCUAUAGACAGACUGGGGGUAAAGUACGUGAUACCCUCCACAGAACCCCAUAGCAAGCAGCACUCGGAUUAUAACAGUCAGCUUGCUUUUGGAGCGGUUCAAGAUCAAACACGCGUGGAGAUUACACUGAAACUUAACAGAUGGCAAUAUAUCAAAUACGGAGGGAAAAAAAAUCGGGAUGGAGAUAAAAUCAUUGUUACCCUAAACAAAUACCAGACAUUCCAACUCUCACAUAACGGCGAUCUAACGGGUACCUUAAUCACCUCCUCCAAACCAGUUGCUGUAUUCUCGGGAAAUCGAUGUAACAAACUUAACAGCUAUGGCUUCUGUAGUCAUUUGGUAGAACAAAUUCCCCCCGUGGACAGUCUUGACACGACCUAUAUCGUUCCUCCACAUUUUGAAAGAAGUGGCACUAUGGUCAGAGUGGUCUCCGCCCACACUGGAUCCACCACUUUCUCUUAUACCAUAGACAAGUCCGCAAGUACAAAGACUAUCGGAACUUUUGGCAACUUCGACAUCACCGUCUCUGGUAAACAAGCGGUUGUGGUGGACUCCAAACGGCAGGUCCUCGUCCUGAGUUUCGGUCUUGCUGCCCGCAGACAAAAGAAUGGCGACCCUUACAUGACCAUGGUUCCCGGGGUCAAUCAGUAUGUCCACCAGUACCAUGUGUCUGUGCCUCAAGGAUUUGAACAGAAUUAUUUUGCAAUUAUGGUGAAGAAAGGCUCCAAAUCAUCACUGCUGUUGGACAACGGCAGAAUCAGUUCGAAAAACACCGUAUCGGAAUCUUCAGUGACCGUCAAGGGACAGGACUACGUUGUUCUGACCGUGAUGGUGAACCAAGGGGUGCACCGAGUGGAGACCAAGGACAGGUCAAGGUUCGGUCUGAUGAUCUAUGGUCACGGCCACGAUGACGGAUAUGGAUUUGCCGCCAACAUCCUGGGUCCUGGAAAACUGUAAAACGUCAAUAAACUUUAGAUUCAUCUCUAGGGAUUCUUUGUAAUUUCUGGGAAGGUUCAAUAAAUAGCUUUAAACGGUU